AACAAAAAAAAAAAAAUUUGUUCCUCUCGUGACCUCGUCUCCUGCCUCAUUUCAGAAGAAGGGGACCCUGCGACUGCUAGUAAUCCUGCCUUUCCAGUCGACGUCGAGCUACUGUGCUCCCUAUCGAGCCCGAGCUGUUGCUCCUCCCCGCUCUCCCCGUCGGUCGAGGCGUCGAGCCGCUGCUGCUGCUGGCUGCCUUGCCAGUGUAAAUCGAUCUGCCCCUGCUCGAGCCCGGGGUGAGCUGCUGCUGCUGCUGCUCCCUCCCCUACCAGGCGCUGAUUGAUAUCCCUCCACCUUCAAUGAUUUCCCUUACAACCACCUUCAAUGAUUUGAAUGAUUAUGAAGAGAGUAGCCGAUUAUGAAGAUGAGAAGAGAGUUCGAAAGGCGGUGAAGAAGUGAAUCUAUCUUGUGUUUGAAAGAGGGAUAAAAGAUGCCUUUGGGACUACUAGCGGGACUCACAAGGGCCGUGAGGAGGAAGCGUACUUCCUCUCUUGACAUUCUUUCCUCGAAGCGUGCUCCAAGAAAUUAUUACAAGGGGAAGAAUUGCAAGCCCACUGGUUUUCAUACUCGCAAAGGUGGAUACGUAGUGGUGCCAGAAAAGCUGCCAAACUAUGUUGUCCCUGACUUGACCGGUUUCAAGCUGAAACCAUAUGUCUCACAGUGCCCUACAGAAGUGAAGACUGCUGAAGCUGGUGAUGCAUCUAAAUGAGCAAAUUGACUGAGGAAAAUAAUUGCUUAGGAAAGUUAGCAAUUCUUUUUUACCAUUUUAAGAAAUGAAAUGAAAUCACCAAAUUUUAAUGUAUCUGAUAACUGAUUCCUUGAGUCAUUGCCCUUAAAAUAAUUUGAAUCAGUUGUGGCAUCACAUAUAUUGGGUUAGACGAAGAUGCUGCUGAAUCAAGCUAGAGACUCUGUUCGUAUGUAUAAUGAUCAUUCGAGCAUGACCUGGUUAGUGAUGCUUCUCGGUUUCGGCAUA